AUGGCGCGUUCUCUACUCCUUGUUGCCCUAAGUCUGGGUGCUGCUGCAAUGCCCGCUUCAUCGGGUAUGAGCAACAUCAAAAAUAUUGUCAUCCUCGUGCAGGAAAAUUUGUCCUUUGACCACUUCGCUGGCGGUCUUGACUAUGAUUCCAGCAUUGAUGGCCCUCAGAAUCCUCAAUUUUGCAAUCCUGCCAACGUUUCCAUCCCUCACUCCGACAAUGUUUGCGCCAACCCUAAUGCGAAGAACAUCGCAUCGGAAGACCCUAAUCACAGCAUUGCGGGUGGUAACAUGCAAGUCUUUGGCACCUACCACCCCCUUGCAGGAGCCAAGUCCACCAUGAAUGGUUUCAUCACUGAGCAGCGUACCUCUUACCCGAAGGACGACCUAAAGCGGGCAGCCGAGGCGAUUAAUUAUUUCAAACCGGAACACAUCCCCGUCUUCAACACCAUUGCUCAAAACUUUGUCUUGUUUGAUCGUUGGUUUGCCGCAGUGCCCGGUCCCACAAACCCCAACCGUGCCUACUUGACCUCAGGCACUUCACAUGGGCAUGGUCGUAACGAUGACGACUUCAUGAAGUCCGCACUGCCACAAAAGUCCAUUUUUGAGCAGUUAUCUGAGAAAGGAAUCACUUGGAAGAACUACGAGAACUCGACCCAGUCCAAACCCGCAUUUUUGCCCGACGCCUUGUUCUAUGAUUGGACCGCGAAGAAUGGCAAAGAUAACGUGGUGCCGAUUGACCAGUUCUACACUGAUGCCAAAGCUGGCAAGUUGCCACAGUUUACUUGGAUCAACCCCGAGUGCUGCUCCUACAUGUCAAUGCACCCUCCCUCCCCCAUCAACAUGGGAGAGAACUUUAUCAAAAGCAUCUAUGAGGCUGUGCGUAACUCGCCGCAGUGGAAUGAGACCCUCUUCAUUCUGACUUGGGAUGAACAUGGUGGUUUUGCUGAUCACGUUUCGCCUCCCACUGACGUCCCCGCUGGAGACAGUCUGACUUAUACAGAGAAAGCUCGGGAUGGCCAGCAAUACACUUUCCACUUUGAUCGUCUCGGGAUUCGAGUUCCUACAGUCUUGAUCUCCCCCUGGGUUUCCAAGGGAUGGGUCCAGCACAAGCCUACCAACGGGAACGAGUUCACGCAUACCUCUAUCCUCAAAUUUGUCUCCGAGCUCUGGGGGUUGGAUAGCCUAUCCCCGCGCGUGGACUGGUCGGCUUCCUUUGGGAAUUUGAUCACCAACAAGUUCCGAAAGGAUACGCCUAAGAAGCUGCCGAAUGGAGCGAACUUUUAG